UCUGGGCCUGAAGGCCCUGGUCCGCAUCCACCAGUUCCUGCCUCUUCUCCAAGAGACGCAGCAGUGGCGGUGGGACGUGGUCCACAUUCUGCCCCUGGAUCUUCCUGGAGGGGCUCGAGGAAGAGUGCCAGCCAGUGACGCGGGAUCUGCCGCACGCACAGUCUGGGUUUAAUUGGAAACUAAAAGAGAUGGAAGGGGAUGUUCGCGGCCCCUCCCUUGACUCUGAAAAGGACCCCCAGGGAGGGUGUGACUCUCUCUAGCGACGCCUCCCGCCAUCUCCGAUACUGCUCCGGGAUGGGACAACGAGGUCGGGCCGAGAAGGCGGCGCCGGGAUGACGCCCUCCCCGCCGCGGUACAGCCUCGGAACCUGGACGUCCUCCUGGCCGGAAAGUUUGGGGCUGGGCGCCAUGGCCAAGAGCAGCUCCCUGAAUGUCCGUGUCGUGGAGGGCCGGGCGCUGCCCGCCAAGGACGUGUCUGGGAGCAGUGACCCCUACUGCAUAGUGAAAGUGGACGACGAAGUGGUGGCCAGGACAGCAACCAUCUGGCGAAGCCUGAGCCCCUUCUGGGGGGAGGAGUACACAGUGCACCUGCCCCUGGAUUUCCACCAUCUGGCCUUCUAUGUGCUGGACGAGGAUACCGUGGGGCACGACGACAUCAUAGGCAAGAUCUCACUGAGCAGGGAGGCCAUUACAGCUGACCCCCGAGGAAUUGAUAGCUGGAUCAACCUGAGCCAUGUGGACCCUGAUGCAGAGGUGCAGGGUGAGAUCUGCCUGGCCGUGCAGAUGCUGGAGGAUGUGAGGGGCCGUUGUCUUCGCUGUCACGUGCUCCAGGCCAGGGACCUGGCCCCCCGAGACAUCUCCGGCGCAUCUGACCCAUUUGCACGUGUGUUUUGGGGCAGCCAGAGCUUGGAGACUUCGACCAUCAAGAAGACUCGCUUCCCACACUGGGAUGAGGUGCUGGAGCUGCGGGAGAUGCCAGGUCCCCCAUCCCCGCUGCGGGUGGAGCUCUGGGACUGGGACAUGGUUGGCAAGAAUGACUUCUUGGGCAUGGUGGAGUUCCCCCCGCAGGUCCUACAGCAGAAUCCGCCCAAUGGCUGGUUCCACCUCCUGCCCUUUCCCAGAGCGGAGGAGGAUUCUGGGGGGAGCCUGGGUGCUCUUCGGCUGAAGGUGCGCCUGACCGAGGACCGCGUCCUGCCCUCCCAGUACUACCAGCCACUCAGGGAGUUGCUCAUGGAGUCUGUGCUGGGGCCGGCAGAGGAAGAUGCUGCCAGCCCCCUGGCUGUCCUGGAGGAGCUGACCUCGGGGGACUGCCGCCAGGAGCUUGCCACCAAGCUGGUGAAGCUCUUUCUUGGCCAGGGCCUGGCUGGGCCCUUUCUGGACUAUCUCACCCGGCGUGAGGUGGCACGGACCACUGACCCCAACACCCUCUUCCGUUCUAACUCCCUGGCAUCCAAGUCAAUGGAACAGUUUCUGAAGCUCGUGGGCAUGCCCUACCUGCACGAGGUCCUGAGGCCGGUGAUUAACCGCGUCUUCGAGGAGAAGAAGUACAUGGAGCUGGACCCGUGCAAGAUGGACCUGGGCCGCACCAGGAGAAUCUCCUUCAAGGGUGCGCCCUCCGAGGAGCACGUGCGGGAGGCCAGCCUGGGACUGCUGACGGGCUACCUGGAGCCCAUCGUGGAUACCAUUGUGGGCUCCGUGGGGCGCUGCCCGCCCGCCAUCCGUCUCGCCUUCAAGCAGCUGCGCCAGUGCGUGGAGGAGCGCUUUCCCCAGGCAGAGCACAAGGAUGUGAAGAACCUGGCCAUAAGUGGCUUUCUCUUCCUGCGAUUCUUCGCUCCUGCCAUCCUCACCCCGAAGCUGUUUGACCUUCGGGACCAGCACGCAGAUCCCCAGACCAGACGCUCACUGCUGCUGCUUGCCAAGGCUGUGCAGAGCAUUGGAAACCUGGGCCAGCAGCUGGGCCAGGGCAAGGAGCUGUGGAUGGCCCCCCUACACCCCUUCCUGCUGCAGAGUAUUUCACGUGUGAGAGACUUCCUGGACCAGCUGGUGGAUGUGGAUGGGAAGGAGGAGCCUGGGGGCCCAGCCAGGGCCCUGGUCCCGCCCUCGGUGACCGUUCGAGAAGGCUACCUGCUCAAGCGCAAGGAAGAGCCCGCCGGCCUGGCCACACGCUUUGCGUUCAAGAAGCGCUACUUCCGGCUCAGCGGGGAGAUGCUCUCCUACUCUAGGAGUCCUGAGUGUCAGACGCGAUCCUCCAUGCCGGUGUCGCACAUCCGCGCCGUGGAGCGCGUGGACGAGGGCGCCUUCCAGCUGCCGCACGUGAUGCAGGUGGUGACGCAGGACGGCGCGGGAGCGCUGCACACCACCUACCUCCAGUGCAAGAACGUGAACGAGCUCAACCAGUGGCUAUCGGCCCUGCGCAAGGCCAGCGCCCCCAAUCCGGACAAGCUGGCCGCUUGGCACCCCGGUGCGUUCCGCAGCGCGCACUGGACCUGCUGCCUCCAGGCCGAGCGCUCAGCUGCCGGUUGCAGCCGCACACACUCAGCCGUCACCCUGGGGGACUGGAGUGACCCGCUGGAUCCCGACGCUGAGACCCAAAUGGUGUAUCGGCAGUUGCUUCUAGGGCGGGACCGGCUCAGGAUGAAAUUCCUGGAGGAUUCCACCCUGGAUACGACUCCCGAGGCAGACACAGAGAAGGGCUCCAGUGCCACGGAAGGGGCCUGUCCUGCUGCCCUGGCUCACCAGAGAGAGGCAGCUGCCCGUCUGCUGGAGGUGCUCGCAGACCUGGAUCAAGCCCACGAGGAGUUCCAGCCUCAGGAGCAGCGGAAGGUGGCCCCGGGCCCCCUGAGGCCCUGAGGACACGCCAGAGCCAGCCUGAAAGGAGGCGAAAGGAGCCGGUGGGCCCUUCUCGGCGUCCCCUGGAGUCUCCUCGUGGCUGUCUGGUACCUCGUGGCUGCUGUGGCUUGCAGGCUCCUGGAGAUAUCCUAAUCCCAUGUGUCCUAAGCUGAGGACCCAGGCAUGGAAACCCUUUGGCAGGGGACCAUCCUUGCACUGAAUGAGCCUUACCCUCUGGGUUGAGGCACUCUGGAGUGGAUGGAAUAAGGAACCUGACCCACUUGUCUCAGCCUGAGGUUUCUGCUUCACAGGACUGGCCUCUGCCCACACUGACAUGGCCAGCCUGGCCCUGAGCUGCUGGAUACGGCUGUACCUGAAUCCCUGAUGCCCAUGUGGCCUUGUUGGCCCAGAUAGGCACUAAACAGGCUCAGCCCUUCUGUUUUCAUGUCUGCCAAUCCCUGUAGCCACAUUGAUCCUCCUGAACCCUGUCCUUGGCCGAGAAUCCUAACCACAAGCCUCCAGAAUCAGGUGCCCUCAGGAAUAACUGAGGCCGAGAGCCCAGCGUGCGUGACUCAGACCCUUGGGAGACUUUGGGCCAGGCCCUUUCCCUCUCUUUGAGCCUCAGUUUACCCUGUAUAAAAUGAGGAGGGAGUGA